AUGGGCAUACUGGGGAUGCUAAUGACCUAUUGUGGACGGCUGUAUGUCAAACUUACCAUCCCGGCUUCGACGGCUUACCUUGAGCUUUGCACUGCCUUUGAGAAUGCCGAACAAAGCCCACCGACACCGCUACAUUUAACUACUGCAAAGAAGAAGGCCGGCGGAAAAUAUGACACGUUCUAUCAGGCCAGAUGGCUCUCGUACUUGAUGAUGAUGAAGAAGAUGAUGAUGUCGAUGAUCAACUGCUUCGUCUCCUCCCUGGGACCCGAUCGACUUGGACGAAAUUAG